UUGAAAAAUAUGUUAAUCCAAAGUUAAUAAAAUCGCCAAAUUCUGAACGUUUUUCUUUUAUUAUUAAAUCGGAGACUUGAGUAAAUUUUUUCCUUGUAAAUUAAUAAGUUGUCGUACUUGAGAGUUGUAGAAACGGGGAGGCUCCUCAACUAAAAUGGCUGUUUAGAGAAAUGAAGUGUGGAAUUGGUGUUUUGAGACGGAUCUCGUAGUCGUACCCGUGUGGCUUAUACGUAGCGCAGACAUGAUACCUUAACCGUUAUGGACAAUAAUAUGACAAUAAAUGAUUGUAAGUCCAGUGAUUUAGAUUUAUACGAGAAAGGGCAUGGUGGUGUUACCUGGAUAACGGACGAUGAGAACGACGAUAACGAUAUCAUGUUCUUCCACAAAGUGGACUCGAACGAAAUCAUAUACCAAACGAAGAAAAAAAGGUGUAAAAUGAUAGGAAAAUAUGUUAUGGGAGAUUUGCUCGGCGAGGGCAGCUACGGGAAAGUGAAAGAGAUGCUCGACUCGGAAACCCUGUGCAGGAGGGCGGUGAAAAUCCUUAAAAAAAAAAAGCUCAGACGGAUACCCAACGGUGAACAAAAUGUACAGAGGGAAAUCCAAUUAUUAAGAAUGUUGAAACACAAAAAUGUGAUAGAACUUGUUGAUGUACUUUACAAUAACGAAAAAGAAAAAAUGUAUCUCAUUAUGGAAUACUGUGUUGGAGGGUUGCAAGACAUGCUCGAGAGUACACCACAGAAGAAAUUUCCAUUAUGGCAAGCCCAUUGGUACUUUUGUCAGUUAAUCAAUGGCCUGGAUUAUCUUCAUAGUAAUGGGAUAAUUCAUAAAGACAUAAAACCCGGCAAUCUUUUGCUCACACUAGAUGAAACUCUUAAAAUAUCAGAUUUAGGAGUGGCAGAGGCUUUGGAUAGGUUUGCACCAGAUGACACGUGUUUCACUAGCCAAGGCUCUCCAGUAUUUCAACCACCAGAAAUAGCCAAUGGAUUAGAAAAAUUUUCUGGUUUUAAAGUAGAUAUUUGGAGUAGUGGAGUGACUUUGUACAAUUUAACAACUGGUAAAUAUCCAUUUGAAGGUGAUAAUAUUUUUCGACUUUUUGAAUGCAUCGGUCAAGGAGAUUUCGUCAUCCCGAAAGAGUUGGAUGAUGAAUCGCUCAAGGGUCUUUUAUCUGGUAUGCUUGCCAAAGAUCCGAAGGACCGCUUCAGUUUACAACAAAUAUUUAAUCACCCGUGGGUUAUUAAAAAGCACACAAAAAGAGAGGCUGAAAGAGUCCCAAUCCCUCCCUUGAGGGGAGAUGUUUACCAUACAAUGACAGUGUUACCUUAUUUGAUGGAAAGCCAUUAUGGUGAUCCAGCUGCAUCCUCGCAGUACAUCACCGAGAGACAGCUUGAAGAAGAGCGUAUUGUUGCUGAGCAGGAAGCGUGUGUAAACAACAAGGGCUCCAGUCAGAAAAAGGGUUGGAAAAGUAGGCCGACGUCUUGUCUUAGUAUGAGGAAAUUCGCUUCCUGUAACCCUUCGUGACCUAUCACAUCUAGUCUUUACAUCUACUUCUCAACACACACACACACACACACUCACACACAAAAUCGAAAACACGUACACAUACACAUUGUAAAUUUGUUUUCACUCAUGGACAAUGUACAUAGUGAACAGGAGAGAGAUAAAAGAAAGUCAAUAUGAAUGAGUGCCUCAAUUAAUUUCUAUAUAAUAUUUCACUCAAAUCUACUGAACGGGUUAAUACUAUCAAAGCUUUUCCCUUGAUUAAUUAUCAUUAAUGAUAAUUGAUCAAUAAGCAGGCAAUUAGUUUAUCAUUAUAUAUUUGUCUUUGGCUAAAAUUUAAGUGUUUUCUUAGUUUUAGAAACCUAGAUUGACACGUUUUUUUAUAAAUAUUCUUCACGAUAGUAUUAGUUAAUUAUUUUUAAUUGUAGAACUAUAUUCAAUAAGAUUCUCUCUUAGUUUGGAUUGACUAAAAAAAAUUCAAACUCUUUUAUCUAUGUAAUACAUAGACUGACUAAAUCAACAUCAUUCGAGUGAUAACUCAAUUUAUUAGGGUAGAUUUGUUGCCUUUGAGAUAAUUAAUUGCCAAAUUCAAAACAAACGCCCAACUGAAAAUAUUUCAUGCUCAUAUCUCUUUGGCAAAAAGUGAGGACUAAAGUUUUUCAGUUAUUUUUGUUGUUGUAUAUAUUGUAUUAUUCUGAUAUAUUAGUUGUAGGAUAAUUUUUCCCAGAAGUGAAUAUCUAAUUUGAGAAAGGAUACAUUUAAAGUCUGAGUUAUUUCAGGUUUAUAUGGAGUGAAAUAUUAAAAAAAAUACAUGUACAAUAAUUUAAGAAAAAGAGUAUUUUUUACUCAUUGAUGUUGCCCCGUACAUUCACAUUGGCUACAAUUAAAUUAUGACCUUUUUUAUUUAUAAAUAAAUUAGAAUCUCAAUAAUCUGAUUUGUUUGGUUGCAAAAUUGUCGAAUUGGCAAAAAAUUUCCUUUUUUUUUCUCUUUCCACACUACAAAAACUUUGGAAAAAAAAACGUGUAGAUAUGUCCAUUUGAAACAAACAUAUUUAUGAUGAUCUCCUACUUUGCCUGCAUCAUAAAGUCUGGUGAGGUUUAAAGUUUAUUUAUUUACAUUUGCCAAUAUUUUAAUUAUGUUUUACUUUUAACACAAUGUUACAAGUAUUAGUGCUUUCAAAACAAUAGUCCUGAUUUUGAUAGUCUCCAGAAAAAGAAAAGCUCCUCAUGUUAAUUCAAUUUUAAAAAAAAUAAUAAUAAUGAAAAUGGGUGAAUUUCGAAUAAUAAAAAUUCUACUGUAAUUUGUAUUUCAAUAUUUUCAAAUUGCGCGCAUUGAUGUUUACUAAACCAUUAUAUAAUGAAGGUUGUUUUUGUUUUGUUUUUUCAUUUGUUUAAAAUAAAUAAAGUAUAUAUUUUUAUUGUUUUUAUAUUAUUCCAUUCUUACGCUGAGAAUUUGCCGGCUUCGCUCCAUGGAGAUGGGCGGGGCUACUUAAUGUAAUAUUAAAUUAAAAUUGGCGCCCCGCUGUUUAAUAUGACAUGGAAACAGAGAACCGUAAAAAAAAUAAAUCCAAGAAAAUUCAAUAAAAGUAAAAUUAACUAAGAAAAAAAAAGAACACAAUAUUUACAUAAGGAAACAGAAAAAAAAACAACAUACAAAGGAAACUAAAAUAUUAAACAUAGAUCAAUCUUAAUUCUCUUCCGGUAACAUUUUAACAAACUUACACACUAAAUGAACCUAAAU